AUGGCAGAUGGUGGGUUUUGUCCUGAAAAUUCAAAAACCAUGAGCAGGGAAUGUCGUUUCGAAGAGCAGGCUCCAUGUAUACUCGGGGUUGGUGAUGACGCGUUCCCCUGGUGCGAGGAGGGGCUAGAAGGCAGCGGAUGGCACUGCCCCUCGCCGCCUCUGAAGCACGGAGAACCCCUGGCGCGGAGAAGGACCCGCUUCCUUUUGGCUGCGCGCGGACCUGAAGAAGAGGCAGAAAAACCUGUGAAAACUAAGACUGUUUCUUCCAGUAAUGGAGGAGAAAGUUCGAGCCGCAGCGCAGAGAAACGGGCAGCUAAUGAAGAAGCUGAAGACUUCACCACAAAGCCUGCUCCUGCCAAAAUGUCCAAGUUUGGAUUUUCCAUAGGCAGUCAGACAGCAAAGAAGGCAUCUGCAAUAUCCAUCAAACUAGGAGCAAAUAAGCCUAAAGAGCCUGUUCCAACCCUUGCUCCAAAAACCCUUUCUGUAGCAGCAGCUUUCAAUGAAGAUGAAGACAGUGAACCAGAAGAAAUGCCCCCGGAAGCCAAGAUGCGCAUGAAGAACAUUGGAAGGGAUACACCAACCUCAGCAGGACCAAAUUCCUUCAAUAAAGGAAAGCAUGGUUUUUCUGACAACCAGAAGCUAUGGGAACGAAAUAUAAAAUCUCAUCUUGGAAAUGUCCACGACCAAGAAAAUAACUAAAUGAUGUGGAUUGAGAGUUGGGUGUUUGGGGGGAGGGGAGGGUGUAACGUUAAAGGAACAGUUUCCUUUUUUAAGAAUGGUAUAAGACUAUCUUUGGAGCCACUUUUUUAAGAUUUUGAGUGGUACACUAAUAACUGAGUUUGAAAUUAGAGGUAAUUUAUGUUUUGUAUACAGAUUUCAAGGCAUUUGCUAAUUUUGUAGUUCCAUGUGAUUAGUUUCAAAAGGUUACAGAUAAUAAAGAAAUUGGAGUGGUACCUUUUUAAGAUUUUAUUUUUUUUUGUCAGUGAUUAAUUAAGGUGGAUGAAAAAGGUUACUGUCUCUUUAAUCAGGUUAACGUUGAAUGCUCUGGCAUUCUCACUUCUGGCUCCCUCUUCAUAACAGGAGAAACAGUUGACUCCUAGGAAUACUGCUAAAGAAAGUGAGCAUUGUCUUGUGCUAGAAGUGUUACUGGACUAUUAAUUUGAAUAUAAACUUAUGCAGGAAAUAAUAAGAACCUGGAUUUUUUUUCUCCCUGCAGUCACCUUUGUUAAGUCUCUGCAAACUAGGAAUUACGUUGCUCUGAGUGGCUCUGGUAACUUAGCUCUAAUUUUGUUUAAAACGUCAUGUAGGAUGUGUAACCUUCUGUGGCCUGUUUCAUCCUCGGGAAAUGGGCCUUGUCUGUAUAUUAGAUACAGUCUGUAAAGAAUAUUCACUACACAGGUAAAUCAGUAUUUUCAGUGUGCUCCUCUUAAAUCGUUAGCCUUGAGUAGUGCUUGUUAGCAUUUUCUUGUGGCACACAAAAGCCACCACCAAAAAGACAAGCUAAUGUACAUUAAGCUUCACAUUUGGUUGAAAUAUUUUUCUUUACUA